CUUUGGCUCAGAGGAUAGCUUUGAAGAAGUGUUUGUGGAACCUGAACUUCUAUCUUGUUCACCUUUAAGAGCUAAUGUUUUGCCGGACGAGAAUUCGAGCCACGUGGGUGACCAAAUCCAGGAUUCAAAAUCCAAGGAAUCCAUGCAUAAACAGCCGGAUUCGCUGGACGUUUUCGUUGGCUCAGCCAGUGCCAUCCUUGAGCGAGUGAAAAGGCUCCAGUUGAAGUAUAAUCACAAAACAACCACAUCAUGUUUUGAUGAAAAGCAAGACCCUAAAGGGUUUUCCGUCUCUGAUUCUGUUGCCACUGGUGAUUUAGAUAUUAGCCGAGGGAAGGGAGACCACACUCUAAUUAAAAAGGGGUAUGACAGGGACAUAGCAAAUGAUUUUGAAUCUAAGAUAUCAAAUGAUGUCAGUAAUAUUACAAGACUGAGCUGUAAUUCUGAGCACCUCCAUAAUGUACCUGGGGAUUUGUUGGAGAAGACGGCGAACAGAAAAUUCACAGUACAACUUGAUAAAAGGUCAAGUUGCUCAUUGGAGGAUCUUGGUUCAGGGUUCGGGUUGAGCAAAGUAAGAAGCCCUUGUUUCAGCUCAGAAGAAGAUCUUCGAAGUUUUCGGCAGAGGGAUGCAAAUAGCAGCAUGAAUUCGUACGAGAUAAGCAGACUUUUGAAAGAAUUAGAUGACGUCGUUGACCCGGAAAAGAGGGCUAAACAUUACGAAGUUGGUCCAGAAAAUGGUAAACAACUUAAAAUUUCCCAGGGGCCGAAUGAAGAGAAUGAUCUGAAUGGAAAAGCCUUAAGUUGCGAAAAAAGCAAUGCAUGCGAAAUUAAUUUAAAUGGAAUUUCGAGCCCUCGAAUCAUAGGUCAUGGAGAUAAAAAAAUUCAUAGCAACGGAAGAGUUGAACAAGGAUCAUUUGGGUUUAGCCUUGGUGGAAACCAAGAAUUAGAAUUUGAAAGAAAAUGCCAAUCUGUAAGCGAAACCAAGCUAUUUAAUGAAACAACGUGUUUGAAAACGAGCGUCUCAGACAAGGGUGAGUCUUUGAUGACAGACGUGGAACUAUCGGAGCAAAAUAGCGUUGAACAGCAAAACGGAGUACGUAAUGGACAAAAGAAUAUUUCCUGUGCUGUAGAAGAAAACAUUCGUGCGGAGUUUUAUUCUGUUUUUGAUAAUUACAAGGAGAUUUGCGCAGACAAAGCGGCAGGGAUCAGCAGUAUAAUUGGAGAAAAUGGCAAUUUUGAAAGCAAUGAUUUCAUAAACAGAGGGGAGUCGCGAGAUAAUUCGAUUUUGGAGAAAACAAAAAAUGACAUUGCUGGAGAAUUUGUUAGCUGUUCACCAUUAGCUAAGGAUGGGAGGUCACAUUUCUUGGAAGCUGAGCAAAACGAGCAAUUUUUGAAAAACGAAGGCCUAAUUAAAUCUGUAGAAAAAUUGAAUGAAGAGCUAGUCUCUACUGGUGAGACUAGUAAAAUCGAGGAAUUCGUGGAUUUGGAGAGAGAAAAACCGUUAGCUGGAGAGGAAAGUGAGAAUUUUGAGCAACCCCAGGUGUAUUUAGGGCAAUUGGUCGAUGAUAAGCGGUAUAUGAUAACUUCAGUAGAAGACAUAUUUACGCAAAACAGCUAUUUAGGAAAGUCUGAUUGUAUCUGGGAAGAAAGUUGUAGCAUUGAUAUGGCUCAUGGAAAAGGUGUUUCGGACUUAAAAAAACACUUCGAGAAAUACCAGCCGACGAGCAGUUGUAUCAGCAAUGAGAAGCCAGUUAGCCCAAAUGCACCCAAAACCAAAGAGGGUACUUCAAGUUUUCCUAAGAAACGAGGCAUUGGGGCCUUGAAAUCUAUGUUUGAAAGUCCUAACGAAACGAAAAUGAACGCAUCGCCAGUAUCCCAAGAUGGCUCACAAAGAAUUGGAAGUCCUAAUCUUGGAAGGAGUGAACAGGUGAUGCGUGAAAGUAAGUCAAAAGUGAAAAACAAUGGCUCAACCGUUGUUGGAGCAGAAACUCUCUUGCAAAGACAGCCCCAGGACGAAGGGGAUAUUAAAACAAUGGAAAGCAAAUGCCUUGAUGAAGGUGCUUCAGAGACAAGAUUAGCUCAAGAAGGUCUAGGCAUUAAUGAUGGCGGAUUUGAUUUCAGAAGCGAAAUGAUCUCAGACGCUAAAGACAAGCCAACUUUCCAUGAAAGUCCGACAAAGCCUUUAAAAGUUCCACCACCAAUUAAGCGGAAACCGAGUUUAAAGAAAACUGACAAUUCUGCAAAAAAUAAAGAAAUAAGUAAGGAUAAUUUGACGCAUGCUGACAUACAGAAAGCUGGUGCUGUGAAGGAUCAAAGCAUUGUAGUCGAAAAUACGACUGCGAAGGAGAGAAUUGAAAAUGGAGGGCAAUCUGAUGACACCUUGCAGGCUGCUACUGACAAUUUCAAGGACAGAAAAGAUGAAAAUAUUGGACAAGAGGAAAAUCAAAACACGGAAGCUAGGCCGAAUCCAGAAGGGCAGUGUCUCGAUGAUGGAAAAUUGACUUUGCCAGAAAGGGUAGAGGGAAAUGAAGCUUUUGAGAAGAAAGAUUCUGGAACUGAUGCCGACAAAGAGCAGGAAUUGGUAAAGAAAAUGCUUCUCUUGAAAUCAAAAAAGGAGCAGCAUUUAUUACAGCAUAGUGACGUUGAAUCAUCCGAAAUCGAGACAAAAGAAGUGAAUUCUUUCAAAACUGAAGACGCAAGAGUUUGUCAGCCAUGUCUGGUAAAUAACUGCUCAGAGAACGGACUUAUUUCCAAUGAAUCAUGCUCAUUUGAUCAGCAACCCAAGAAUGUGAAGAGGGGGAUUACAUACGAUCCGAUUUCUGAGCCUUUGAGUCCUACAAAUCCGUUUACAAAUGAAGAAAAACAAUCACAUGAAGGAGAUCUGGAAAAGUCAUUGGAAAGCAGCGAAAAGGAAAGUGAGACCCUUUGUGGUGAAGCGAUUAAUGAACCAAUCACUCAAGAGUACAAUAACAGAGAGCUGUCUAACGGAACAACCAAACCAAACACAAGAAAGAAAUUGCUGCAGUGCAGGAGCUAUAGCGAAAGUAGUGAUUCAUCAUUUGAAGAGAGUUGGCCAAUUACACAACAGGCCUUUAACUAUGAUAAUUUGCCAAAAUUAGGCCUUCCUAAGUUGCUCAAAGAGGCUGUAUUAUCGGGAGAGGUGUCUGGUUCGCUGGAAAACAAAACUGAGGAUUUGAUGGGAAAACAAGGAGAACAAGAAACAUUUCAUGACCAUUAUGUAAGUUAUUCACAGAAAGCAUCGGACAUAAAGUGUCAAGCUGCAGAAUUAGGGAUUUACACGAAGGCAGCUUGUAGCAUGGCCAAGGAUAAAACACCUAAUUGCAAAACAGAUGCAAGUAUGACGUCAAUUGAGCAAAGAUCUGAGGUCGAGGCUAAAAGUGCAAAGGAGGCCCUGAAAAAGCUUGAUUCCAGGCUUGUAAUAAUUAAAGAGGAGGCUUCAAAACUUGGAAUUAAACCAAUAUCAGAAAACAUAACUCAAACAAAAGACACGACAAAAAGAAAAUCACCAGCGCCAAUCAUAAUCCAGUCAACACCAAGCAUGUCAGAUAGAAGUGGGUUACCCAAUGUUGCAAAGGUCUCUCCUUACUUUCAUGACAGCAAAAGUAGAAAAUUCAUUGAGCCAUUGCAGAGAUUUGGUGCCAAUAUUUUUGGUGACUUACUGCAGGAGGAUGAGCUAGAUGGAAUGGCGGGGGAGGAUCCUCUUAAAACUGACGAACAGAUCGGACAUUCUCUCAAGCGAAACCCCGAAUCAAAAGGACAUUCCCUUGAAGAAGUCCAGAAGCUGAUCAUCGGACUUGAUAUUUCAAGUAGCAAACAGAAACUAGGUGGUAUUGAUAUCGGUGUUGUUUCUAUUGACGGUAUGAAAACUUGGACGGAAGUAGAAGAGGAGGCAGUCAAUACGUUUUUGGAACAUUUGAAACUAAUCGACGAAUCCGGCCUAGAUAUCACACAUGCUGAUAUAAAGUAUCUGACGAUUGGGAGACACCAAAUCGCCUUAGGAGCAGGGAAAGAUCUAAAAUGUUACAGCACUGAUGAAACCCAUAAAACUCAUAGGAUGGAAAUUAAAGGUAAUGCAUUGAGCAACGUUGCAACGCUGGCAUACCAGUCACUUAUACCAAAGAAUACAUUAGAGAAAUACAUAUCAUUGGCAUUGAAUCAUCGUUGUCUGGUAUUUUCCGGACCGAGUGGCACGGGAAAGUCAUAUCUCGCACACAUGAUUGCAGAUACAAUAUCAUCGAGGAUCGUUAAAAAUGAAAAUAACAACAAUUUGGAGCCUAUUCAUACUGUCAAUGUUGACGCUGAAAGAUGGAAGGAAUUGAAGAAACUAAUUGACAAUAGAGCAGAAGAAUCCCUCCCAGUUAUAGUGGUCAUUGAUGGAUUUAGUCCGGAGUUUCAAGAAGGCAUCGAAAAUCUGUCGCUUCUUCUUAAGGAAUCUGAUAACAAAAAUGUUUACGUCAUCGCUGCAUUAGAUCAAGCCAAUACUGAAGACGUCGAUGUCAAGUGGCAAGAAUCGAUGAGAUGGAUAUGUUUUAAUAACAACGAAGAACCUGUCUGUGGUUUGCUUAUCCGCUAUUUGCGAAAGAAAUUUCUCAACAACAAUCCAAGCUCAGAUUGGGAUGACCUAUUUAAACUUUCAAAAUGGAUAUUUUCUGUAUGGAAGCAGUUGAAUAAGGUUAUCGAAAAAUUUCACUCCCCAGAAAAGUCCAUCGGCCCAGCGAUGUUUUUCUCGUGUCCAACCAAAAAAGAUGAGAUAGAAGAAUGGUUUGUAGAUUUGUGGAAUUAUUCGCUAGCACCUUACAUCCUGCAUGUAAUGAGGACUGGUAUAAAGUUAUUCGGACAGCAAGAGUGGAUUGAUCCUUUAGAAACGAUUUUAGACACCUACCCAUGGCAACAGGAAGAGAAUCUUCGUGCUAAAAUCAAGAAAAUUCGUAAAGACGACGUUGGCUACAGGGAAGCCUUACCACGCGAGGAAGGUUUAGCUACGGCAUCGACAGACCAAGUUCGUCUAAUGAACUUCCUGCGACGGCUGGAAACUUUAGUCGAAAAUAAAAGAAUAGUUACGGAAACCAAACCAGGGACGAGCCAAAGACGAAUUUACUUGGAAUCAACUUUAUGACGAAACAAACUGAGGUAUUCAAUCAGAAAUAAGACAAAAUUUCCCUAUUUUUAAUGUAGACGAUAAUUGCAAUGUGUUUCAGCUUCAAAUCCACACCAGGGCAUAUUUAGUUUUAGGUUGUAUUAGCGAGGUUUUUCUUUGCUCGAUAUUUCAGAAAGAACAGUUUGAAUCGAAAACCUAUUGGCAAUUCAUCUAAAAUAUUAACCUUUUCGUAAGACGUCGCAUCGGAAAGUAUGAAGGCCAGUGAAGAAGUAAAUUUCUAAGCCUGUGAAGAACCACCAACCAGUUUUUAGCUAAAUGUUACAAAAAUCAUUGUUUAAUAGAAUUUAAACUGCUGAAACAACGUUUUUAGCAUUGCGAGAGAACGUGAAGUAUUCUAGUUUUUUUUACUGAAUUAGAUAGGUAAACCUAACAACAUCAAUGUAAAUUAUCCUGAUAGUAUGCUUUUCUAGUUUUAUAAGAAAUUAGUGCAAUUGUAUUUUAGUAGGAUUCGCACACUUCGAGAAUGCUUUUAGCCACGUCGAUUUUUUGUUCAUCUUACAAAGGCGGACUGAAUGAGAACUUUUAUAAACUAUUCAAAACACGUGGAAGCUUUAACUUUCGCAAAAUUUGUAGCGUGUAAAUAUUGAUAAUAAAUUAUUGAUGAUGGA